UUUCUUUUAAGUUUGCAAGAUACUGCUGGUGAAGCGGUGCCUGGGAGCUUAUGUUCGUCUUCUUCUGUGCAUCGGAAGCUAGGCACCUCUGAUCACCCACCGGCCGAGCUCCACUCGUCACGAAUUUCGAUGGCGGAGGAAGAAGAAGUGAUGUUUGAAGUAGAAGCUGUUCGAGCCGUUUACGCCGACGAUUGUUUGGUGAUACAGAGCUUCCCUCCUCAUAUCCAAGUUCAUAUCAGGCCCCGAACAGCCGACGAUUCAUCACAACAGUUUGUGGAAGUUAUUCUCGGAAUACGAGCAGGUGCUGAGUAUCCAAAGGAACCACCUCAUAUUGAUAUUAUAGAAUCAAAAGGCCUUGAUGGGAAACGACAAGCGCAUCUGAUUACUGGUAUUCAAGACAAAGCUCGUGAACUCUCCUCAUGUCUAAUGCUUGUUGCACUUUGUGAGGAAGCUGUGGAGAUGCUUUCUAACAUGAAUCAUCCUGAUGGAGAUUGCUCGUUAUGCCUAUAUCCCUUGGUUUCAGAAGAUAAGGAAACUGCUUCAUUGCCAUUUAUGAAGCUGAUGUCUUGUUUUCACUGCUUUCACAGUUGCUAUGUUUGCAGUGAAUGCAUUAUUAGGUGGUGGAAGUGGCUCAAAGAGCAAAAUAGAAUCAGCUCAAGCAUUUCUUUGGAUUCGACUAUUCUUCCUUCCAGAGAUUUGAGACGCUCACAAGAUGUGAGUGGAUUGAUGGAGAAUCUCGGAAAAUGUCCUGUUUGUCGUAAAGUUUUUUAUACCAAGGACAUUGAACAUGUGGUUGACUUGGUUGAAUCUUCUGCAUCUCAGUUGGAUUUUAAUGUAGUGGAAGCUAAUGAUGAUGGUGAGCUUCUCCAUUCCGAUGUGGAGAAUAACAGAAGACAGAAAUUUGAGGCUCUAUUGAAACUUCAACAAGUAAAAAAUGGCCUCAAUGAGCCCAAAAGAGAUAAAGUCCUAUUGCCAGGAAUGUUUCUUCGUGAAACAACUACAGAGUCGAUCACAUCCACCGAAGGUCCCAUUGAGCAACAAAGCAAAGAUGCAUCUCACACAACUACUCCGAAAACAAAUUCCAGUGGAUCCUCAAACAAGCCUAGCACUAGUGAGCACAAGAACCUCGGCACGAGAAAGUACAGAGUUCAGAAUCCAAAAAAACAGUUGAAACAAUGGGUUAAGAAGGACAACAGUUAGCAUAACCUCAUUAGCAGGUUUUUGUGUUGAAGUAAAUUAUUUCAAAAUGAAAAUCGCAUAAAACAUGAGGGAGGUAAAGAAAUACAGUUUUCCAUUCUGGUUACAAGUUCCUCAUAUUAUGGGAUGCCCUCUAAGAAACUAAGGGUUGCUACCUGAUCCCAUGUUUACCUUGUAUAUGUUUAUCUCAAAGCUGGACAUGGGGUAUACCGUACAUUGUUGUUCUUGGACAUAGUGAUUUAUUCUUUUGGCA